GCCAAUAUAUUUUUUGUUGCCAGUGGGACUGCUGUAAAAAUGGCGACGUCUCGUCGCUCUUCCCAGCAGCAAAAGCAGAGCAUAUCCUCGCCACCUCGCAGUAUUUCUCUUUCACUCACUCCUCCGGGGUCUCCCCCCGUUCCCUGUGGUGGCAUAAUUUCGGUGCUAGCGGGUGCUGAAGUAGACAGCGCCAGGGAUCCAGAGUUAACUCCGGCCUCCCCCGAUAUCCCCGCCCCGGCCCUAAGCAGCAGCAACUCCACUACCACCGGGGGUAGCAGCAGCGCUGGCUCUAGUCCUGACUCAGGUAGCAAUAGCAGCCCCGGGGGCAGCGACUGCGGGACUUUCAGAGAGCUGUUUGAAGCCUGUCGUAAUGGGGACGUAUCGCGGGUGAAGAGGUUGGUGGAUACGGUUAACGUGAAUGCCAAGGACAUGGCUGGGCGAAAAUCCACUCCGCUACACUUCGCUGCAGGAUUUGGGAGGAAGGAUGUUGUGGAGCACCUCCUUCAGACAGGGGCCAACGUUCACGCCUGUGAUGACGGAGGUUUGAUCCCUUUGCAUAACGCCUGCUCCUUUGGUCACGCUGAGGUGGUCAGCCUGCUCCUCUGUCAGGGUGCUGACCCAAACGCCCGGGACAACUGGAACUACACACCUCUCCACGAGGCUGCCAUCAAGGGCAAAAUAGACGUGUGCAUCGUGCUGCUCCAGCAUGGAGCCGACCCCAACAUUCGCAACACCGACGGCAAGAGUGCCCUGGACCUUGCCGACCCAUCCGCUAAGGCUGUGCUCACUGGUGAAUACAAGAAAGACGAACUCCUGGAGGCGGCUAGGAGUGGAAAUGAAGAGAAGCUCAUGGCCCUGCUCACUCCGUUAAACGUCAACUGCCACGCAAGCGACGGCCGCAAGUCCACCCCUCUCCACCUGGCAGCAGGGUACAACCGGGUCAGAAUAGUACAGCUCCUGCUACAGCACGGUGCCGACGUACAUGCAAAGGACAAAGGUGGUCUGGUUCCUCUCCACAAUGCAUGUUCUUAUGGUCACUACGAAGUCACAGAGCUGCUGCUGAAGCAUGGAGCGUGUGUGAACGCCAUGGACCUGUGGCAGUUCACUCCUCUCCACGAGGCUGCCUCGAAGAACCGCGUGGAGGUGUGUUCUCUGCUGCUGAGCCACGGGGCUGACCCCACCCUGGUCAACUGUCACGGGAAGAGUGCUGUGGACAUGGCCCCCACCCCGGAGCUCAAAGAGAGACUCACCUAUGAGUUUAAGGGGCACUCUCUGCUCCAGGCUGCGCGGGAAGCAGACGUGGCCAAGGCCAAGAAGUCCCUCGCUCUAGAGAUCAUCAACUUCAAACACCCACAGACACACGAUACGGCACUGCACUGUUCAGUGGCCUCUCCUCACCCAAAGCGGAAGCAGAUCACAGAGCUGCUGUUACGUAAAGGUGCCAACGUCAACGAGAAGAACAAGGACUUCAUGACCCCCCUACACGUGGCUGCUGAGAGGGCCCACAAUGACAUCAUGGAGGUGUUGCAGAAACAUGGAGCAAAGAUGAAUGCACUGGACACCUUGGGGCAGACAGCCCUGCACCGUGCUGCAAUGGCGGGACACCUCCAGACCUGCAGGCUGCUGUUGAGCUACGGAGCAGACGCCUCCAUCCUCUCACUGCAGGGCUUCACCGCCUCACAGAUGGGCAACGAGGCCGUGCAGCAGAUACUCGAUGAAAAUGUACCAGUGAGGAACUCUGACGUAGACUAUCGGCUCCUAGAGGCAGCUAAAGCUGGAGACCUGGACACUGUGAAGUCGCUGUGCUCUCCACAGAAUGUGAAUUGUCGGGACCUGGAGGGUCGUCACUCCACGCCGCUGCACUUCGCCGCCGGCUACAACCGUGUGGCGGUGGUGGAGUACCUGCUGCAUCAUGGGGCCGACGUCCACGCUAAAGACAAGGGAGGUCUGGUGCCCCUGCACAACGCCUGCUCCUACGGUCACUACGAGGUGGCUGAGUUGCUGGUGAGACACGGGGCGUCGGUGAACGUAGCAGACCUGUGGAAGUUCACCCCUCUCCACGAGGCAGCAGCCAAGGGCAAAUAUGAGAUCUGCAAGCUGCUCCUCAAGCAUGGGGCGGACCCGACCAAGAAGAACCGUGACGGCAACACUCCUCUGGACAUGGUGAAGGAGGGGGACACGGACAUCCAGGAUCUGCUGAGAGGAGACGCUGCCCUGCUGGACGCUGCGAAGAAGGGCUGUCUGGCCCGCGUCCAGAAACUCUGCAGCCCAGAGAACAUCAACUGUAGAGACACACAGGGACGCAACUCCACCCCCCUGCACCUUGCAGCUGGCUACAAUAACCUGGAGGUAGCAGAGUACCUGUUGGCGCAUGGAGCUGAUGUCAACGCCCAGGACAAGGGGGGCCUCAUCCCCCUCCACAACGCUGCCUCUUACGGGCACGUGGAUAUAGCUGCUCUCCUGAUCAAGCACAACACGUGUGUGAACGCUACAGAUAAGUGGGCCUUCACCCCCCUCCACGAGGCGGCUCAGAAAGGCCGGACCCAGCUGUGUGCUCUGCUAUUGGCCCACGGAGCUGACCCUACAAUGAAGAACCAGGAGGGACAGACGCCACUGGACCUGGCUACGGCUGAUGACAUCAGAGCGCUGCUGAUUGAUGCCAUGCCUCCAGACGCCCUACCCAGCUGCUUCAAGCCUCAGGCCACGGUGGUCAGCGCCUCGGUGGUCAGCGCCUCGGUGGUCAGCGGCUCGGUGGUCAGCGGCUCGGUGGUCAGCGCCUCGGUGGGCAGCGGCUCGGUGGGCAGCGGCUCGGUGGGCAGUGCAGCGGACAUCUCUCCGGCAUCUACGCCAUCCUGCCUGUCUGCAGCCAGCAGCAUAGACAACCUGGCCAAUCCCCUGAGUGAGCUCACUGUGGCUGGAGCCACCGGGCCUGCAGACGGAGCCGCCGGGUCCGACAGGAAGGAAGGACAGCCCAUCUUAGACAUGAACAUCAGCCAGUUCCUGAAAAGCUUGGGGUUGGAGCACCUGCGCGACAUCUUCCAGAGGGAACAGAUUACGCUGGACGUCCUGGCCGAUAUGGGCCACGAGGAGCUGAAGGAGAUUGGGAUCAACGCCUACGGUCACCGCCACAAACUCAUCAAAGGCAUGGAGAGACUCCUGGGAGGACAGCAAGGUGCUAACCCGUACCUCACGUUCCACUGUGCCAGUCAGGGUACGGUGCUCAUAGACCUGGCCACUGACGAUAAGGAGUUCCAGUCUGUAGAGGAGGAGUUGCAAAGUACGAUCCGAGAGCACCAGGACGGGGGCAACGCAGGUGGGGUCUUCAGCAGGUACAACAUCCUAAAGAUCCAGAAGGUGGUGAAUAAGAAGUUGAGGGAGAGGUAUUCGCACAGACAGAAAGAGAUCGCUGACGAAAACCACAACCACCACAACGAGCGUAUGCUCUUCCACGGCUCUCCAUUCAUCAACGCCAUCAUCCAUAAGGGUUUUGACGAGCGGCAUGCCUACAUCGGGGGCAUGUUCGGCGCGGGCAUCUAUUUUGCAGAGAACUCCUCCAAGAGUAACCAGUACGUGUACGGGAUAGGAGGGGGCACGGGCUGCCCCACUCACAAAGACCGCUCCUGCUACGUCUGCCACAGGCAGUUGUUGUUCUGCAGGGUGACCCUGGGUAAGUCCUUCCUCCAGUUCAGUGCCAUGAAGAUGGCCCACGCCCCCCCUGGACACCACUCUGUGAUUGGCCGGCCCAGCGUCAAUGGACUGGCCUACGCAGAGUACGUAAUCUACAGAGGAGAACAGGCGUACCCAGAGUACCUAAUCACAUAUCAGAUCCUGAAGCCAGAGAGCACACCCUCAUCCACAGCCGGAGAAGAACAGAAGUCCUAGUCCAGACUGAUCCAGACCAACUCACACCCACCUUUACUGGGAAAGAACCAACCACAGAGACUCUUACCAGAAACACUUCACACAUUCUGGGCUAAGCCGGGACAAACCCCAGCCCCUUAACUCAACUCUACACCAAUGGAAAGAUUUCUUUCCUCCACUUCUUUUUUGUUGUUCCAUUUCACUAUAAACAACCAGUUUCUCACAACCACCACCCAUUUAUUCCUUCCUCAUCCUACUUCAGUGUUUACAUGAAAAUGUUGCCUUCCCGGGGAAUCGUCUCUCGAGUCAUGUUGUCGCCCCCUAGUGCCCAUCUCCCAGUCUCUCGCUCAUGGUUGCCCUUUGUUGUCACUGGUUAAGGCCAAAUAGAGAGAACCAAGUGGAUAAUGGUUAGGUCAGACAUUGGGACUCAAAGCUCAUUGGUUAGUGGUUAAGGUUAGAGAUGGGGACUCACAGCUCAUUGGUUAGUGGUUAAGGUUAGAGAUGGGGACUCACAGCUCAUUGGUUAGUGGUUAAGGUUAGAGAUGGGGACUCACAGCUCAUUGGUUAGUGGUUAAGGUUAGAGAUGGGGACUCACAGCUCAUUGGUUAGUGGUUAAGGUUAGAGAUGGGGACUCACAGCUCAUUGGUUAGUGGUUAAGGUUAGAGAUGGGGACUCACAGCUCAUUGGUUAGUGGUUAAGGUUAGAGAUGGGGACUCACAGCUCAUUGGUUAGUGGUUAAGGUUAGAGAUGGGGACUCACAGCUCAUUGGUUAGUGGUUAAGGUUAGAGAUGGGGACUCACAGCUCAUUGGUUAGUGGUUAAGGUUAGAGAUGGGGACUCACAGCUCAUUGGUUAGUGGUUAAGGUUAGAGAUGGGGACUCACAGCUCAUUGGUUAGUGGUUAAGGUUAGAGAUGGGGACUCACAGCUCAUUGGUUAGUGGUUAGGGUUAGAGAUGGGGACUCACAGCUCAUUGGUUAGUGGUUAGGGUUAGAGAUGGGGACUCACAGCUCAUUGGUUAGUGGUUAAGGUUAGAGAUGGGGACUCACAGCUCAUUGGUUAGUGGUUAAGGUUAGAGAUGGGGACUCACAGCUCAUUGGUUAGUGGUUAAGGUUAGAGAUGGGGACUCACAGCUCAUUGGUUAGUGGUUAAGGUUAGAGAUGGGGACUCACAGCUCAUUGGUUAGUGGUUAAGGUUAGAGAUGGGGACUCACAGCUCAUUGGUUAGUGGUUAGGGUUAGAGAUGGGGACUCACAGCUCAUUGGUUAGUGGUUAAGGUUAGAGAUGGGGACUCACAGCUCAUUGGUUAGUGGUUAAGGUUAGAGAUGGGGACUCACAGCUCAUUGGUUAGUGGUUAGGGUUAGAGAUGGGGACUCACAGCUCAUUGGUUAGUGGUUAAGGUUAGAGAUGGGGACUCACAGCUCAUUGGUUAGUGGUUAAGGUUAGAGAUGGGGACUCACAGCUCAUUGGUUAGUGGUUAAGGUUAGAGAUGGGGACUCACA